GGAUUAUUACCAGGAAGCGAAAUAAGCGGCAUGGAAGAGGACUUCGAUUCGGAAGCGUUCGACGAAGAGCAAUUAACCCGUAUGCAACGAUUACGCAAACAUCUUGACGGUGAAAAUGCGUUUGAUAGGUGAAUUCUUUUAUUACGCAACUCAUAAAAAUAAAUCUAAUUACAAUUUUAUAUUAAUUCAGGCAAAUGGUUGCUAGAAAUAUAAUGGAAACUCUACGAGAGGCAGUUGACUCUGACGAGAGCCAAAUAAGGGAAGUUAUGGAGGCCGUCGAAACACUUUCGAACGAUGUUGAUUAUACUGUUCGAUCAGACCUGGUCGAACAAAUUCCUCACCUCGCAAUAUUCUGCCACGAAAAUCUAAAUUUUCAAUCUUACCUAAGUCUUCGUAUAUUACCAAUCGUUAAACGAUGUCUAACUGAUACAAAUCACCAUGUGAGGAAAACAGUUCAGGCUGCUCUUAUUGUAAUCACAGACCAGGGGCUGAUUCCACCUAAUGAGAUUGAAAACGAAAUUUGCCCUACUAUAUUAAAGCUGGCAGACCAUGGUCACGAAGACUAUCGAACGGAAGCUGUGACUGUGAGUACUAGCUCUUAUUACGACUAAGGGAGUGAUACUAACCGCAGUCGGUACGAUUAUUUCGGGGUAGUUCCUUACGUUAUUCUUUCAUCAAAGUAGCAAUUGCCGUCGGCCCUGUGAAAGACAUGGGUAGUGAGAUGUGAACAUUCGACACCUCUCUACUCUGUCUUUCGUCACGGACGUCGGCUGGAACACUUUCACUGGAUGAAUGCGAGCUGCAAAUACAUGGUGCUUUAUUUAUAGAAGAAGUAUGAUUAAUUCCGGUGAGUGAUCGCAAUCAUUAUUAAUGCAUGGCGGAGGCAACGGACUGUUUUCGAUUUACUGGACAUGAGUAAGAACGGAAAUCAAAACUGUGAAGGCGGGCCGUGUCAAUGCUGGACUGUUGUAGUCGACGUUUUCUAUCACAGCCAGCUUUGAUGAGCCCCGAGUACACAAUUGCAUCCCAAGAACCAAAAGUGCUAAAUGUUCUCCAACGCACGGUUCAAGUACCUGUGGUCUGUAAUUGAGAUCAUAUCACAGCCUGCUUGGAUCAUACGUUGGUAGUUCUCUGCACUGUUGCUUUAUUUAGGAAACAAUUGUCAACAGCUCGUUGCCUCUAACGCGUUGAGUGACGCAUCAAAGUGACUGAGAAAUGGCUGCUUAAUUGCACAUAUCACAGCCAGCUUUGAUGAGCUAUUCAAUGUGACGGUACAAUUCUUCGUCAGUAGGUGCACACCUUACGUCUUUUGCACAAGUAGUUCGUGGCUUGUCGAGUGGCAGUGAUGUGUCGAUUUCAUGAUCAUAUCACAGCCAGCUUUGAUGAGCUAUGCGCGCUUUUCAAUCCUCGCUAAUGCUAACUUUUUAUUAUUUUAACAGCUACCUUAUUCUUUGCAAGUAGGGCGAAUCAAAGUAGUUGUGGUGUGCUGUCUUUCGGUUCAUAUCACAGCUUGCUUUGAUGAGCUUAGCUUUGCUCUUUGAUCACUGUCGAAUUUCGAUCUAUUAUUUCGAUAAUUCUUUCAUGCUAUUAAUAAUAAGUACUGACUGCAGUAGUUGGAACAGUUUAUCGUAACAUUCACUUAUCUUAUGCCCCAUAUUCUUACAGUUAAUGGUUAAGAUGGCACCGUUGUUUGGCUAUGAAAUCGCUAAAAAGAUACUAUUAGAUAAAUUUUGUGAAAUGUGUGAGGAUGUGAUUUUUCAUGUAAGAAAGUUAUGUGCGUCUAUUAUGGGAAGUUGGUGCAAGUUUAUGGGGGAAAAAGAUACAGAGGAAAUAUUAUUAUCCCGUUUUAUAAAGCUUUGUAAAGAUGACGUUUGGGGCGUCAGAAAAUGUUGCAUAGAAAGUUUUGUCCAUGUUGCUAAAAUAUGCUCAAGGGAGCUGAGAAGAAGUACGUUGACAAAAACAUAUUUGGAGUUGUUAUUGGAUAGUUCAAGAUGGGUUCGAUUAGCUGCAUAUGAAAGUUUAGGAGCUUUUAUAUCAACAUUUGCCCGUCCCUCCUCCGAAUCCGGUUUCGAAGUACGAGACGGAAGUCUCGUACGAGUAAAUGCGGAUGGUGAAUUGGGUGAUGACACAAACUCGCUUUGCGACGAAGAUGCAAUAAAAUACAAUUCCUUCGAGUUUUGGAGAACACCACUGCCAGAAAUCGAUUUAUUGUUGCUCGAGGACGACAACGCCAUCUUAUCGGACGGAAACAACAGUAAUGCUCAGCGAAAAGAGCAAAAAGCCGUUAGGGAAAUUGAUGAUGCCAAGUUGAGUUCUGCCUUAGAAGAGAGGCUAAGCGUAUUUGAUGAUAACGAGUCAAACGCUAGUAGGUUUGCACCAAUAAUCAAGGAUGAUUUGCUGUCAUAUCACAAGGACAGUGAAGAAUUAGUAGAAACAACCCCAAUCUCUGAAUUGGCAAUACAACAAGAUGUGAUUCCACACGAACUAUUAGAACAUUUUUUAAGAAUGGGUGAACAAUCUGCUGCUCAAACUGUUGAUCUAGAUAUUGCUAGGCAUUGUGCCUACUCAUUUCCGGCUGUCGCAUUGACUUUGGGUCGAAAAAAUUGGAACUGUUUACGAGAAUUAUACAAAAAAUUAGGCGAGGAUCAAUUGCAACAAUGGAAAGUUAAACGAACGCUGGCUUGUUCGAUUCAUGAAUUGGCUCAAAUUGUUGGAACGGAAAUAACUAUAACAGACAUAUUGCCUGUGUUUAAUAAUUUGUACAACGAAAUGGACGAGAUAAGAGUAGGAGUUUUGAAGAACUUAUCAGUCUUCCUUACUCAACUACCGCCCAACGAACGCGCUAAAUACUUGCCUCGUCUAGGUGAAUUUCUGAAAAGCAAUAACGGUGCUAUGGACAGUAAGAAUUGGCGCUUCAGGGAGCAGUUGGCUGAACGUCUUAUACAAAUCAUUCCCUUGUUUUCUGCCGUUCAAGUUGAUAAACACAUUGUACCAAUCGCUUUAACGUUAGUUGUGGACAAGGUUUGUGCUGUUCGGCAAACUGCACUUUUGCUGCUAGCACUUGUUUUAAAGCGUCUUUCUAGUGACGACAGGCUCGUUGCUGAUUUAACUAAUUCAUUACUGAAUUGUUUGGCGCUGUCUAGUAGCUGGCACUUACGACAGUCCUAUGCUACACUUUGUCAAAGGCUUCUUGAACACAAUAGUGUUUCUAGUUGGACAUUCGCAUAUCUUAUGCUACCGUCGUUAGUUGCCUUGGCUACUGAUAAGACAGUGAAUGUUCGAAUUGCAGUUGCUCGUUGUAUGGAUCGUUGUGUUUGCAGUGAUACCUAUCUGAUAAGUACAGAAAAUGCACAAGCAUCUGAUUUACUAGAAACAAUUGAGCAGUUAAGAAAUGAUGCAGAUGUCGAUGUUAGGUCUAUGUUUACUUGAACUUCCCCGAUCUUAUCAAAAAGGCUGUGAUUUGACUAAAAAAUAUAAAAUUCAUACUUUAAUUGUAAUAAUUCAAUAUAUAUUUAUACCCUCUAUAAACAAUAAAUUUUCAGUUUUUUUCUAAUAUUUUUGUACUUUUCUCAAAUUUUGUGCACUUGAAAUUAUAAGAAUGGCACUAGUUCAUAUAAAAUUUGGCAAAGAGAUACAGUACAGUUUAUAAAGUAUAAUCAAUACAAUUUGAGCAAUCC